AUGGCGACCAUCAAGGCCAUCGAGGCCAAAUCCGUUCACCAGAUCCAGUCGGGUCAAGUUAUAGUCGACCUGUGUUCCGUGGCCAAAGAAUUGGUUGAGAACAGUCUCGACGCGGGAGCGACUUCCGUCGAAAUUCGCUUCAAGAAUAACGGUCUAGAUUCAAUCGAGGUACAAGACAACGGUUCGGGGAUUGCGCCAGCCAACUACGAGAACGUUGCCCGGAAGCACUAUACCUCGAAACUGUCGAGUUAUGAUGACCUUUCCAGCCUGCAGACCUUCGGCUUUCGAGGUGAGGCACUCUCAUCUCUUUGUGCCCUGUCCAAAUUUUCCAUGACGACUGCCCAAGCCCACGAAGCCCCCAAAGGCAAGCAUCUGGACUUUGACGCUCUGGGCCAGCUCAAGUCAACAACUAUAGUGGCGUCUCAGAAAGGGACCACUGCCACUGUUGAGAACCUGUUCGAAAAUCUGCCUGUCCGACGAAAGGAGUUGAUCAAGAAUAUCAAAAGAGAGUAUGGCAAAGUGCUUGGAUUGCUCCAUGCAUAUGCAUGCAUUUGCGUCAAUGUCAAAUUCACCGUCAAGAAUGCAAUGCCCAAGGGCAAAAGCUUGACGGUUUUCUCGACGAAGGCCAAUGCCACCACUCGAGAGAACAUCGCAAACGUGUAUGGAGCAAAGACUUUGGCCGCUCUGGUGCCCUUGGACUUGAAACUCCACUUUCCACCCACUCUGACACAAAUGGCCCGGAAAGACUCGGAAAGGAACGAAAUUCACAUCAAGGGCCACAUUUCUAAGCCGGUGUUUGGCGAAGGCAGACAGACUCCAGAUCGACAAAUGUUCUUCGUCAAUGGCAGGCCGUGUGGUCUCCCACAAAUCGCAAAAGCUGUGAACGAAGUGUAUAAGGGUUUCAACGUAUCGCAGUCGCCGUUUAUAUUUGCCGACCUUCAAAUGGAUACCAAUGCGUACGAUGUUAAUGUAUCGCCAGACAAACGGACCAUAUUGCUUCACGACUCUGCCGCCCUUAUUGAGAAUUUGAAAUCGGCGCUGAAUGAUAUGUUUGACCAACAAGAUCAAACUGUUCCGCAAUCUCACCUUCAAACUCCCAAGCUCCCUGCUUUUCAAAACGUGAACUUCUCGAGGCAGACGCCAUUAGAAUCGCCCGGGACGGACAGCCGCAGGACUCUACUAUCUAAGCAAUCCAUGGUCCGUGACAGCAGCCAAGAUGACGAAUCUGAAGUGGAUGAAGAUACUUCAAACUCAUUGAUGCGAGACCAUUUUCGCUAUUUCACCAGCACGAGAGAAGAACCGGAAGUCGAUGAAAGGCCCCCUGAAAAGUUGCAGAGGAAGCGAGAACAGCGAGCCGAAAAGAUAGCUCAGAAGAUAGACGAGCAAGAAGACACAAAGGGUGAGAUGGAUGAGUACGAUGAUCUUGGGGAAAUCGCUGGCCUAGAAGAUGAGGAAGAACCCUUUCCGAACGAUGCGGCGAAGAUUCGUGUGAGAGACUUCAAUCAGCGGAUGUCCGAGGCACAGCCUAGACCCCAAGGACACGAAAUCUCCUCGCUGAAAGGGAGUGACUGGCCCAGCCCUGGAAUUGAUGCCUCAGGAAAUUUGAUGAAGCCAGAGAAGGAGGAAUCGGGCGCAGUUCCCAAUGCUUUCGAUCGCAUGAGACCCAAGAGGGUGCCGGUGGAACCAGCAACCGUCACGAUCGGGGACAAGACUAUCACAACAAUUCUGGGUACACAAUUCCCAAGGUCGCAAGACAGAACGCAAGCUUCACCGGGGGCCACGAACGUAUCGGAUCGAGCGGCCAAAAAGAGCUCAACACCGACGCAGUUCUCUCAAAAGUUGCGCCAGUUUGGUGCCCGAGCCACUCAAAUUUCAGAUGGUGAGGAUGUUGAGCAGGGCGAGUCUACCCAAAAUGAUUUCGAUGCAGAAGAAGAUUCUGAUCCAGAACAAUUAGAGGGAUCUCAGAGCGAUUCAUCCGAAGGACGUGAUGGAUCCGUCGAUGACCCACCGAUUUCCCCAAAAGACGUCGAGGAUGAAUCAGACUGUGACUAUGUCGAUGAAGAGGAGAAGAAGAAGAAGAUUGAGGAGGCACGCGUUGCUGAGCUCAUUCGUGCUGCUGAAGAAAAUUCCCCCAUUCCCAGCAAGGACAAAUUGAAAAGGGUCACGAAAGCACUUUCUGGCGGUCGAACCACAGAUUCGACAGCCAAUCUUCUAACAACAAUGGACUUUUCUCUCUCGUUGGUGGCUCAACAAAUGGGAAAGUACACUGACCUCCCGAAUUCGGACCUGGAAGACCCGGAUAUGGAGCCUGGUUCGGACGAUCCAUCCCUUCAAGAUGCCGAAACACGGCUUUCCUUGACAGUCUCCAAAGGGGAUUUUGCACAUAUGGAUAUUGUCGGCCAGUUCAAUCUCGGCUUCAUCUUAGCCGUGAGACCUGGUACUCACGACAGCGGCAGUAAUGCACAUUCACGCCGAGACGAAUUGUUCAUCAUUGACCAGCACGCUUCCGAUGAGAAAUACAACUUUGAAAGACUCCAGGCCGAGACGGUGGUAGGAAAUCAAAGACUAGUCCGGCCUGCCAUCCUCGAUUUGACGGCCGUGGAGGAAGAAAUCGUCCUUGAGAACAACGAGGCUCUCGAGAAGAACGGGUUUCUGGUCGAGAUUGACACCAGCGGUGACAGAAUGGUCGGACAACGAUGCAGUCUCAUCAGCUUACCGUUGAGUAAGGAAGUUGUGUUCAAUACGCGGGAUCUGGAGGAAUUGAUCCAGCUCCUGGCUGAGGCGCCCGGUCUGGGCAGCAAUACUGAGUCUGCCGUCCCACGACCGAGUAAAGUGAGGAAGAUGUUUGCCAUGAGAGCAUGUCGAUCCAGCAUCAUGAUCGGCAAGACGUUGUCCAAAAAGCAAAUGGAGAAGGUCGUGGCUCAUAUGGGGACCAUCGGCAAGCCUUGGAAUUGUCCUCAUGGACGACCGACAAUGAGACAUCUGUGCAGUCUGAAUACAAUGUCGACGUGGCAUGAGGGAGAGCGGGAAGAUGGGGUAGGCCGGAUAGAAGGGCUGGGGGAGGCGUUGCAGAGAUAUGCAUCGAGAUAG